AACAUUGUUUACAUUGACAAUUAUUGACAUACGACAUUUCAACCUUAGGGAAAGAAAAUAAUGAUUUCAACAUUGUCAUAUUGAAUUUUAUUGUAGUAUAAGUUACUCUAAUAACUAAUAAGUAAGAGUUAUAUACUUUUAAAAAUAUAAUAUUUCUUUAAUUCGGCUGUGUUUUUCAACAACCCCGGCACACAUGAUAUGUUAUCAAUUAUCAACAGAUAUCGCGGUUAAUACUUGUGUAAUUUAUAAGUACAUCUAUAUACGUUUUUAAAAAUGAACAACCAAGAAAAGGGAUUGCCCGAAGCUAACAUACGAUCGUGUAUCGUUGUGUUAGCUAGUUUCCUAGUCAAUGGUCUUGUUUUUAGUUUUAUCAAUUCCUAUUCAGUGACUUAUGUAUAUCUCUUAAAAAGGCUAGAGGAUGCUGGUGUCAGUGAAGCAUCGUCAAAAGCAUCGCUAGUUGGCUCUUUGACUGUGGGAACAACGUUUCUAAUGUCACCUAUCGCUGGAGUUCUCGUUGAUCGCAUAGGAAUUAGAACAACUACGUUUAUAGGUGGUUUUAUUGCUACUAAUAGUUUAUUAAUAUCAUCAUAUUUCACACAUCAAGUGGAAGUAUUAUACGUAACUUACGGCCUUUUAUAUGGUAUUGGCGCAUCAUUAGCUUACACGCCUUCAUUAGCUAUUCUUGGUCAUUACUUCAAAAAAUACCUUGGUCUCGUAAAUGGUAUAGUAACUGCUGGCAGCUCAUUUUUCACCAUGAUCAUUCCAUACUUCGUGGAUCAUCUACUUGUUAAAUAUGGUCUAGAUAACUGUUUAAGAUGGGAAGCAGCGUUAUCGGCUAUGCUAAUGGUUUGCGCUUUGGCGUUCAAACCUACAUACAAAGUGGACAAAUCGGAUAUGCAUAAAUCCCUGGCUGAAGAACUGCGAUCAUUGGUCAAUAUUGACAUUUGGAAGAACCCUAAAUACGUUAUUUGGGCCACAAUGAUUCCUCUCGCUCUCUUUGGAUACUUUGUCCCUUACGUCCAUUUGGUUAAAUUUGUUGAUGACCGUUUUCCACAAAACGAUGGUAAAAUAUUAGUUACAUGUAUUGGCAUUUCCUCGGGAAUCGGUAGAUUAAUUUCAGGACCCAUAUCUGAUUAUAAAGGAGUUAAUAGAAUUGUAAUGCAACAGAUAUCACUGUUUGUUAUUGGCUUGAUGACUAUGUUUAUCAUUAUAGUACCAUACUUUUCUAUACUAGUGAUUAUUACAUUAAUCAUGGGGCUUGCUGAUGGAUGUUUUGUUAGUGUUAUGGGUCCUAUCGCUUUUGAUUUAGUUGGUCAAAAAGGUGCUGCACAAGCCAUCGGAUGCAUUCUUGGUCUAUGUUCUAUACCAUUGACAGUCGGCCCACCAGUUGCUGGUUGGAUGUAUGAUAAUUAUAAAUCUUAUGUUGGUGCAUUUUUAAUUGCUGGACUUCCUCCCAUGAUUUUUGGAAUACUAUUAACAACUACACGGUGUGUAAGGAAAAGGACUAUGGAUAUUGACAUAGACGAUAAGGAUCCAAAUGAACCAAAACUUCUUGACCCAAUACCUGAGUCUUGCAGUAAAGAAGGUAAGCAUUCAACUAUUAUUCCCAAUACUGAACAUACAUUACUACUAUCAAAAUCUAUUAAUCCAAAUUACACACGUUAAAAUUAUAUUUUUUACGUAGUUAAAGUAUAUACUACAUUAUGAUUACAAUAUAAUUACAUUAUACUUAUUAUCAUAUUGUAAAAUUAAUAGAACAAAAGUAUGUAAGUAGUUACUUAAAAUUUUAAGAAAAAGUAAAAAAAAAAUAGUUUUGAUUAUUAUUUAUUAGUAUAUGAUAUAUAUAUAUCACAUAAAUGAAUAUUAAAUACUUCAAAUAAUAUUUAAUAACAACCAUAGGAUUUAAUUUAUUUACUAUUAUUGAUAAACCGCUAAGUUGAAUGUUACCUAUUUAUUGUAUUUUUUUAUAUUACUUAGGACAUAUUAUUCUAUAUUAUAUUAUUUAAGAUAAUAAUUGUUUCAUUAAACUUUAAAUUAUGCAGGCACACUAUGUUUAAGUUAUGUUAUUAAUUUUAUGUUUCAAAUGUUUCAUUGUUAUGUUAAUAUGUUAUCAAUAAAAUUAAAAUAUAUUAUAUAAAACAUGUUUAGAUAUUAAAUUAAAAUAUUUACACAUAAUCAAAGAAUAUAUAAAAAAUAAUCCAUCAGACAAUAUCAAAGUAUCCAGUCUCAGGCAUAAAAUUUGUCCAAAUUUCUUUUGCUCAACUCUAUACUUUAUAUCAAUUCAAAAUGUAUUAUGAAACAUAACAUGUAAAGAAAAUAAGCUGGGAUUCAUUGGAUAGUACAAUUGGUGAACCACCUGAAGUAAAUGUAAUAGCAGUAGUAGUAGUAGCAGCAUGCUACUAGGUAUUUUUUCUCUACAAGGAAAAUUGAAGAAUCAUAAAUAUAAUUUUAAGUAUAUAUUCUUUGCCACUAGUAGAUUUUAAAUUAUUGUUUUUAUUGCUGCUAAAAAUUAUGAAUAUUCAGUUGCUAUAAUAACAGAUUUUAAUAAAUAGUGUUAAGCGAAAUUGAUUACAGGAAAAAUAAAACAAUUAUCCAUCCCAAAAACAUAUCUAUGUUAAAAUAAUUUAUAUAACUAUUUGUAUUAUUAAAAACUAUCUCUAAAUAUUAUUUGUUCUUAAAUAACCCUAUUAUUAAAUUAUUUAUUUAAAGUUAAAUGCAAUAAUUUAUUAUCAUAGUAAUACUAACAUAAUUUUAAACCUAAUUAUUAAAAUCUUCAAAAUAAAAAAAAAAAUAUAUAUUAUGUAUAUUGCACUAUUGUCAAAAAAUCAGAUAAGUCUUGUAGGAAUACUUGAGAACUAUUAUACAAGAAAGACAAGAAUAGGCUCCCUAAUAUUAGGUUUAAGCUUCUUCAAUAUUUUUUAAAAUUAUAUCAUUAUAUAUAUUAUAUAUACUCUAUUCAGAAUGAGCUCAGACCUCAGUGAUGACUAGUUUUCAUCGGAUGGUGGUCAGACAACACCCAUUUUUCAACCCCAUCAAGUCAACUAUCUGUACACCUGUUGUGUAGUAAAGCCAGAUCCAUGUGCACAAAUUGGCUGUCGAGGUCUGAUCUUAUUCUGAAUAGAGUAUAAUAUAUGGCUUAAUUUUUCCAUUUCAAUAAUAUUAUACUAAUAUUACUUAUUACAUCAUGAGUUGUUGAGAAAUACUUUCAAACUCUAAAGUAUUUAAAGUACAUCACUGACUGGGUAUUAUUUUUAAAUUAUUUCCCUGUUAUUUGUGUUAAUGUAAAUACAAAAUAAUAAUACUAUCUUUAUACAUAUUAAAAACUAUUAAGUUUAAUGAUUUUCUAAAAUACAUUAUAUAUUAUUUGUUGAUCAUUGACACAAUAUCGAGGAAUUUCAUUUUAGAAGUCAUAUCAAUUGAUAAAUUAUAAUUUUUAACAUAUAAUUAAAAAACAAUCAAAUGAACAAUCGCUAAGCUCUAGGAAUUUGUUAUAUCCAACAAUAUCAUAUUUCAAUAAUUAGUAUUGCAUUUAAUUCAUACCAAACUACUAAAUCCCUUUUAGUAAAUUAUUAUACAAUUAUAAUGAUUGUUUACUAAAAUUCACUGUAUUUAAGACUAAUACAACAAAAAUAAUGAUUACUCUUAAAAAAUAAAUGUUAUACUUCUUCAUUUUAUCUCUGCCCAAACAAAUAAACAGUAGUACAUCCAUUUUAACUAUUCUUAUGGUAAAUGUAUGUUACGUAUGUAAUAUGCAUAUGGUGAAUAUCAUAUUUAUUAUGUACUCUGUGAUGAUGAAUUAAUGCAAAAUUUUGGAACCCUAUUAUAGCAAGUAAGUUACACAUGCAAAAAAUAUAAAUUAUGGGCCUCGUGAAUGAUAUGCUAUUGAUUUGAUCUUGAUUUUCUCCAUCACAAACAUAUUUUUAUUACCUGGACAACUGAUUCAAAACAUAUUAACAACA